AUGAUUCAAAUUGUUCACGACGCUUUGGCAAAACCAAGUAAAAAUACAUUAAUUUCGAAUGAGAGCCUCUGUGAAGCCCCAGUUAUGUUACCAGAAUUAUGUGGAAUAUUGUUACGAUUCCGCACAAUUACUUAUGACGUCAUCGCAGAUAUAGAAAAGAUCUUUCUUCAAAUCGAACUACACGAAUAA